GUGAGCUCAGAAAGACAUGCAUAGAUAAUAGGAAGCCACUUUCCUAUAGAUCUGGAAUUUCACUCAACAAUGAGGAACCGUAACUGCACUUUAAUGGGAGGUGGAAUCCCUCUGUCAUCUGAGUUCUUUAAAGUGAUCAAGGAUGAUCUCUGGCUGUUCCUCCUCCCUGCUGUGUUUGCUGUGCUUCUGCUUGCUCUCUUUCUGGAGGAGAUUGGCUUCUUUCUGCGUCAUGUUCCCUCUCAUCGACGUAAACGCCUCAGUUUGUGGAUCCUGGGAGUUUAUCCAGUUUUCGGAAUGACGUCCAUCAUAUCGCUAUAUGUUCCACGCUCAUCAUCUCUGUGCAAUUUCAUUGCAUCUCUAUAUCACUCCAUUACACUCCUGAAGUUUAUGGGUCUUAUCAAAAACUUCUUUGGUGGAAAUACCCGCAUGCUGGAGGCAUUAGCAGGGGAGCAGGUGUCUCCAAACCCCUUCCCCUGCUGCUGCUGCUGCUGUCUUCCUCUGUUCGACAUCAACAAGACUAGUGUGAGCUGGAUGAUGGCGGCUGUUCUUCAGCUCUCUGUGGUCAGAACAAUCCUGUUCUUCCUCACUCUCGUCCUGUGGACUGAUGAGCAAUACGACUAUGGGGAUGUGAAUUCUGUGAAUCUCAACAUGUAUGUCAAUGCCAUCAUUGCCAUAUCCACUUUUCUGUCCUUUUAUGGCUACUUGCUGUUUUAUAAAGCUACAAAAAGGGCACUGCCUGGACAUGGUCUUCGAGCCAAGUUUAUUUGCAUCAUUGUUGUCCUGGUCCUUUGUGGACUUCAGAGUGGAGUUCUGGAGACCAUGGGUGCGCUGAAUGUCAUCCCCUGCACUCCUCCCUUCUCUGACCUGUUUCGUUCUCAGUUAAUCUACCACUACUCGAUAAUUGUGGAGAUGUUCUGCAUCAGCCUCUUUGCACAUUAUACAUUUCGUAAAGUUGAACCAUGUCAAGAUGUGGCUGAAGAAAUGGAAGUGGAUGUUCUGAGAGUCUUCAAUGAGAAAUCAAUUCAGACAGAAGAGGAGCUGCCAAUUGCUGUGCAACUGUCCUCUCAAGAGGACGACGCAUUCCAUUCCAACCUGGGGUACAACAGCGACAGUGAAGACAGCAGCCUCUGUAAAAUUGAACACGCACCACUGGACCGCUUUACUUUUCCCUCACAGCACAGAAUGCAAACUGCAGCAAACACAGAGAAAGUACAUACUCCACCACCAGAGGACUCCAUGAGAGUGAAGAUGCCGACCAUUACUGUCAGUGCUCAAAUUAACCAUGUGGACAAUGGCGAUGUUACUGUUGUAUAGAGGAAAAA